CUGGCAAAGGAUCCACUUGGGGGCAAGUUGCUGAUGCGUCAUAGCCCUUGGUGAAAUUGAGAGAGAGAGAGGAGAGAAAAAAAUAAACAAAACAAAUAUCGACAGACCUGCGAGUCAAUGCGUAAGUACCAAUGGCAACGAAGCCCUUCGUGAUCUCAGAACGGAACCCACACGUGCUACAGGUGAUACAGUAGGAGAUAUGAGCAUUGGAAUCGGACAUGUAGGGUCCCAAGUUCCAUAAACAACUUCUAAAAACACGUUUCCAUAGAAACUUGACAUGGACUACUAGAGGUUGAAGUCUUUACACCGUGUAGAGAAGAGCAGAAAUAUAUUUCACUACUCCGGACCAUGAAUCAGCGCCUAAUGUGAGCGCGAGGGGGGUGAAACAAGACCAACCACGGAUGAAGCCCGCAGCAUCUCGCGCGCUGUCAGAAAAACACACGGGAGGAAAGUUCCAAGUCUGCUGCCCCUUUGUCUUUCGCACCGCGUAAGUGAACCAAGAAACAGCUGCGUAAAUAUUCAAGGAUAGUAUUAACUGUGGUGCUGAGAUAUCUGUGUAAGAGAGCAGAGACGAGAGAGGAGAAGACAACAACACUGCCGUUUUGUAUUGACAACAACAACAACAACAAUAGCAGAUCAUCAUGGAUACAGACGGGUCCUCCGGGCUGGCCAAAUCAGCCGCUGUAAAACUGUCCGAGAUGGGAGAAAAAACCAAACAGUUUGGCAACAAAAUGAAAGCCCCCGACCACCAAAGACGGAUUAUUUUAGUCAUUGUCUGCGUGGCUCUCCUUCUAGACAAUAUGCUCUAUAUGGUUAUAGUCCCGAUUAUUCCCGAUUACCUCGCUGAUUUAGAGCUUGAGCAAGCAGAGCACGUCCACAUAGAUAUACAUCAGAAUUAUUCAAUCAACACCACAAUGAGCUCAGCCCAAGCUAAAAUCAACAGGGACAAUUUAGACGUUCAAAUAGGAGUACUUUUUGCAUCGAAGGCUAUCCUGCAGCUUUUGGUGAACCCGUUGUCGGGAACUUUCAUAGAUCGUGUUGGAUACGACAUCCCCCUCCUAAUCGGACUAACCGUCAUGUUCUUCUCUACAUGUAUAUUUGCUUUCGCUGAGAACUACGCGACGCUGUUUUUCGCCCGUAGUUUACAAGGUCUGGGCUCAGCUUUCGCCGACACCUCAGGAAUUGCCAUGAUAGCAGAUAAAUACACCGAAGAAUCGGAGAGAAGUAAAGCUCUCGGUAUCGCCCUGGCGUUCAUCUCUUUCGGGAGCCUGGUAGCGCCACCCUUUGGGGGUAUCCUGUACGAGUUUGCCGGUAAAAGAGUACCGUUUAUCGUUCUCGCCGUGGUUUGCCUUAUAGACGGGAUUCUGCUCUUGACCGUGAUCAAGCCGUUCUCGAACAGGAAUAGAGACAAUAUGCCGGUGGGCACCCCCAUCUACAAACUCAUGAUUGAUCCUUACAUAGCUGUUGUAGCAGGUGCCCUGACAGUGUGUAACAUCCCCUUGGCCUUUCUGGAGCCCACCAUAGCCAACUGGAUGGAGAGCACCAUGCAUUCAACGAAGUGGGAAAUGGGAUUAUGUUGGCUGCCCGCUUUCUUCCCACAUGUUCUGGGUGUCUACAUGACCGUCAAACUGGCUGCUAAGUACCCCAACCUGCAGUGGUUCUAUGGAGCUUUGGGCAUGGUCAUUAUCGGGGCCAGCUCGUGCACCAUUCCAGCAUGCAAAACAUUCGGCCAGUUAAUCGCCCCGUUGUGCGGCAUAUGUUUCGGCAUCGCUCUCGUGGACACCGCCCUGUUGCCAACUCUUGCCUUUCUCGUCGACGUGCGUCACGUGUCCGUGUACGGCAGCGUCUACGCUUUAGCUGAUAUCUCCUAUUCUGUCGCGUAUGCCAUGGGUCCUAUCGUGGCGGGGAAUAUAGUGCACAACUAUGGGUUUGUCCAACUCAACCUGGGCAUGGGCCUCGUCAAUGUCCUGUACGCACCGGCCCUUCUGCUGCUCCGCAACGUGUGCCAAAUGAAACCCUCCUACUCUGAGAGAGAUAACCUGUUGGUGGACGAUGAUGAACCCGAGGGUCUGUAUGAUACCAUGAAAAUGGAGGAGCGGAGAGGCAAGAAGAAGGGCUAUAGUUCAGCAGGGGACUGCUUGCCUGUGGUGGUGGAUGAGAAUGGAGGGUUCGACCCGUUUAGAGCACAAACACACGCCUCUGUAGAUGAAUUCUCUGGUCCAGAGUACAGUUAGAAUAUUCAGAUUACAUCUAGAAUACUGUAGCAAUACUUAGAACGUCCCCGAAUCCAUUACCGAGAGUUCGAGAAUUUGGACACAUACCGUUCGGAUUUUAGUACCUGCCAAAAGAGUGGGGUAUAUAGUCACUUCACUCUGUAAUGUAGGGCUACUGGUGGACAAUAUACACAUACCAAAUCAUGAUGGUGUGACCCGUUUCCAAAGGUGAUUUUAUUUUGACUGUAAUGUCAUGGUCUUUGAACACGUCUUCUAUGUAUGUAAUAUGUUCCUUCUGGCCGUCUAAUUUGAGUACUAUUCUGAAAGGUCUAAUACAAUUCGCUGUGUGCGCAUAACUACUGCAGAGGAUUGUACAAAGGUAAAUAGAUAAAUGUAUGUAAAAUGUUAUAUUGAUAUGAUAAAUACACGACCAACUAUCAACGCAUCACAAAAAUAACUCGCUUUUAGUUUUGUCAACCUAUGAUUGCGUUUAUAAUUUCGUUGACAUAUUGACAAUCAUUUUAAUUUACAUUUUUGUAAUUGGGGUUUUUUCUUUUCCAUAUCUAAUUUCGAAACGUAAUUGUGACAUCUGUAUUUUUUUAUUUAAGUUAUGUUUUGUUUUCCUGAAAAUGUAGUGUAUUAUAUUGGAAUGCGUUUUGUACAUAUGUGAAUAUUUACAUAGUAAAUUAUUAAAUUGUAUGUGUGCCUGUGCAUAUUUGAGCGUAUGCGUGAUGUAUGCGUGUAUUGUCAAAGCAUAAGUAUCCGUAAUAGCUCAAAAACAACUUCCUAUAUCCUGAGUAGAUAGACAUAUAUUAAUUUAUCGACUAUAGUUAUAAUAAAUUGUAUUUAAAUAUAA